UUCCCAAUGGAAUCUUAACAGUAUUGUUUUAAAAAUAAUAAUUUAUUCAAAAUAUAGUUUAUAACUCGAAUUUUGUACAACAAACACAUGAUUCAGUGGAAAUGUAGAUAUUUUUUCAUGAUAACGUAAGGGAUAUUUAUUUUUUCGAAGAUAUAAGGGGGAAAAGGCGUGAUGGAGGGUGAUGAGAGUAAACAUUCGAAAGAAGCUAUUGAAGAGACCAGUUUAACCAAUGCAAAGAAAGAAACCAAACAGACUGUAGAAAGCGAAAAGCAGGAUGAAGAACUAGAUUCAUUAUUAGACAGUGCCUUGAAAGAUUUUGAUGAAAUAAAGCCGAAAACAGCAACAAAAGACGACCAGAGUAGUGCAAAGAAAAAUGAUACUGCAUCACAGAAAACAGAAGCAUCAGGGGACCCUUUGUCAGACAUGUUUGCUGAGGAGUUCUCAGACGAUAUGGCAAAACAGUUUGAAGAGGCCAUGAAAAGUAUGGUUGGUGAAGAUCCUGAAUUAGUUCAACAAAUUGAAAAACUAGCAGCUGCUGCUGGCAGUGCAGGUGAUUCACAAGAAGCACAGCAAGAGUUUGCUAAAAAUUUAGCACAAACCAUGUCUAGUCUUGAUGAAAAUUCAGAAGAAUUACAGGGUCAAAUGUCAGAAGAUGAUUUGAUGAAAGCCUUCACCAGCAUGGGUAUGGAAGAUGGACAAGAUGGCUUCAUGCCGAUGAUGCAGGGAAUGAUGAAGUCAUUGUUAUCUAAAGAAAUCUUAUAUCCAUCUUUAAAGGAAUUAUCAAAAAAGUAUCCCCACUGGUUAGAUGAAAACAAAGAUAAGACAGCUAAGGACCAGUUAGACAAGUAUUUACAGCAACAGAGGAUUGUUGGUGAAAUAUGUGAAGAAUUUGAAACAGAACAGCCCUCUGAAACAGAUGAAAGGAAGAAAUUACGAUUUGAAAGAAUCAUAGAUUUAAUGCAACAGAUGCAAGAUCUGGGACAGCCCCCAAAGGAAAUAGUAGGAGAUAUGGCACCUGGUUUAGACUUUGAUGAAAAUGGUUUACCUAAAUUACCAGGGACUCAACAGGGAUGUUCUAUCAUGUGAUCCAAUAACAUUCUAAUCAUGUGACAGCUGUGAUAUUGAUCAUGUGAUACAAACAAUAGAGCAGAAAGGUCAAGGAAGGCAUUGUUUUGGUGGAUAUAAAAAGAUUCCCAACUGAAGUUGGUAUUAAUGCAUUCUGGUUGUGAUAAACAGAUGUUGUCCUUUCUCUAGGAGAGCAGUGUUUAUGUUUAAAAGAUCAUACUGUUUUUCUAUUCUUUAAUGAUGGUUUAUAAAACUUAUAAAGCAUUUAAAAAAAAUAUGCAUUUGAGGUUGGAAAUGAGUUUCAAGCACACUUGGUAAAUGUAAUUAUGUUGCAUUUACUAAUUAUUAUUUUAGUGAAAAAUAUUUGAAAUAUGUAUAGACAAUUCAUGUUUUUAUUGUACUAUUUUAAGUCAUGAAGACUUACAAUUUUAAUUGAAAAUGUGAAGAAUUUCAAAAAUAGGUGGUAUAAUAUUGGGACACAGGGUUCAACUUUAUAUUUAAAAAAUGUAUCCAUUCUUAUUUUCAGUUUGGACCAAGUUAUAAGUUGAAAAUAUUAAUUUUUAAAGAGCAAAGUUUCUGAUCACAAGAUGUAGGAAAAUUAUUCUUUAUUCAAAUUUCAUGUUUCAUAUUUAAUUAAGGAAACAUUCAAAGAUUUGAAAAAAAUAAACUGAUGUAACCUUCUUUUCUCUGAAAUUUAGCAAUGGAAUUAUUUUAAAGACAUCCAAUCAAGUAUAAUGAAAUUUUCCUGUAUUAAAGUUUAUCUGAGUUAAACAAUUUGCCACUUUUAUUUCAAUAGAGCUCACUUCAUAUAAUAGUUUUCAACACAACAAUAUAUUUUUUUGUUUAUUUUUAAGUUUUAAUGUUUAGAAGUUAUAUUUUUAUUCUGUGUUUCGGCUUUUUUUAUUGUGAGUAAACUUUUCAGUGGUUUUACUUUCUGAAAUAAAGUUGAAAAAUUUAUCAUUAUGAAAUCAUGUUUAUUAAAUUUUCAUGUAAUUAAAAUCAUUGUUUUAAAGGUUUUUAAAUCCUUUGAAGACAUCUUCGUAAAUAAUGGUGCACAAUCUUGGGGUCCCCAUAAAUUAUUUCUCAUCCAAUGAUUAAGGGUGAAAUAAUUACAUUCCCCCAAUGAGACAGUAAUACUGAAUUGGAUCAUUAAAUAUGGACAUCAUUAAAUAUCAAUCCUAAAAUUUAGUAGUUAGCUUUUUUGUAAAUUUGUUGAUUUAAUGUGAUUUUUAACAGACUAUAAACAAUUUUUGAAUACUACAAAGUGGCUUUAUUCAUAGAGUAGUAAUUAUCAUGGAUUUUCUACUAAAUCAAAAUCAUGAAAUUGAAGACCCAAAAAAAAAUGUAUAUUUCCAUUGAUAUGAAAUGUGUUUAAUUGGAAUCCACAAAAUUUUUUUUUUUUCCCCAAGAACUAUUAAAUUGAAAUCCUUGAAUAAUGGUACUGUAACAGUGUUGUAAUAUAUACUGUAACUGCUAUUUCUGCAGUCAAAUUGCAUUGACUGAAUAUUCAUUUGUAAUAUACAGUUACUGAGGGCUAUUCAAUUAAAAUGUAUGUCGGAGGGUAGGAAGGGACUUUCAAAAUAUCCCUACAACCAAGAAACAUUUUUUAGAUAAUUCUGCAUAAUGGUAAUAGACGCAUACUGAAAAAAGACCCAUGACCCACAUUCAAUAAUUACACUUCCCUUCCUACCCUCCCACAUACAUUUUAAUGGAAUAGCCCUGAACGUAUAUUGUGUUUUUUAUGACAUAGACAAGAUGUUUUAUUUAUGACAUCAAUAGAGAAGACAGUUUCACAGAUUUUUUACAUUGUCUGCUUCAAAUUUAUAAUUGAUUAUUUACCCAAAAUAUUUCAUUUGGAACAGUUGUUAGAGUUGCAGUAUAGACAUAAUUCCUAUACAUUGUCUGGAAAUAUACAAUUUAUUUGUACUUGGCUUGGAACUGGAGAAAUGCUUGACAUAGCCUUACAUUCUACCAGUUUGUAAGCCUUGUUCAAAGACAUUUUGUAUUUUGCAAUGUAUAUAUUUUUUUCUAUAUGUAUGGCUGUCAAAUAUUGGUUUGUAGAUUUAAAGUAUUGUAUGAAUGUUUUACAUAUGAAUUUGAAAAGAAUGAAAUUUGAAUGAAUGAAAGUUGUUUAAACAGAGAGAACAAAAUAAUGGCAUGGUUGAUAAAAGAUUUCAUUAUGUCUUCAAUUCACAGUUCAACAAUUUGCCAAAUGAAAUCAAUUUCAAAUAUUUAUUUCAUCUUUAAAGGAAGCAAUUUUAUUUUGGAAAAUAAUCAUGUUUCUAAUAAAAUUUAAGUUUUUGUUGUUUUGAAACUAUUUGUGUGAAUUAAUUAUUAUAAACAGAUACAUUUUCUCAUGUUAAAGUUAUGGAAGUCCAAAGUUAUUUAAUUAGUUUAAGUGAAUGUUGACAAUUUGAAACAAUUUCAAUGAUUUGUGAAUUGAGCACAUAAGAGUAAUUGUUGCCUGAAUAAAAAUAUCAGGACAUGAUUGUAUUGACUUAUACAUUCAAUGUAAGAAAAAAGUUAUUGAUUAUGAUUAAAAGACUAAAAAAUAAAAAUUGAUUAUGAUUAAAAGACUAAAAAAUAAAAUAUACAAUCAACUUA